AUGUACCUGCUCACUCCUGGUGGCCGCUUGGUGGGGCCUGGCGUCUUUGGCCCAGCUGGGCCCCUUCUGGGGGGUGGGGCGCCCUCAGGCUUCUGGCCUCUGGACCUGGGGCUCGGUCCUCUCUGGCACAGCUGGCUGCUGGCAGAGCCCGGGGGCAGGUCACUGCAACCCCCUCUCCCAGGAGGGUGGCACGGUUGCCCCUUUGGUGGUCCUCCUUGGGUCCUUUGUGUUACACAAAGGAGAAGCAUGGACAAAGAGGCAAAGUUUAUGAUAACUUGUCUGAUUUCUACAGUCAUCUGUAGUUCCGCGUCCAGUGCUGAAUGGAAGGCCAAUGUUGUAAAAAGCAUUGACGCUCUGGUUGAAUCCUGUGUUGUGGUACCAUGUUCAUUCUCCCAUACUGGAGGAAACCUGCCCACGUCCAGACUCAGAGCAAUGUGGCACUAUAAAGGAAAAACACCAGAUACUAAAGGAAACAACAUCUUUCAUAGUGAUGCUACACUGAUUAAGGACAACUUUAAGCGCCGAACAAAGAUGUUGGGAGAGCUGGGCCAGAACAACUGCACCUUAGAAAUAACUGGAGUUAAAGAUCAUGACAAUGGCCCUUUCUGUUUCAGAGUUGAACUAGUAAAAGGAGAAGACAAUGAACCCACAACGGACAUGUUCUCCUUUGUUGAAGACUGCGUCGAGUUGAACAUGAUCACUGACCCUGCAGAGCCUACAUUGAUUCAGCCAAUGGCAGCCACUCAAGGAGAGCCCUACACUGUCAUCUGUUCAGUCAUGCACACCUGUCCAACCCAUGUACCUACACUUACAUGGAACUGGAAGAAAGAAAGGAUCAUUGUGUACCAUAGACUAAUUCAUUCUGGCAACUGGGAGACACAGUCCAUCCUGACAUUUAUUCCUGAGGAGAAGGAUGACAACAGAGAGCUGACAUGCACAGCUGAUUUUAAUGGAGGGCAAACAUCCUCCUCAAAAUUCACACUGAAUGUAAAACGUAUUGAGAACUAUAAUCUCAUCAUCAUUCCUGCUGUAGUGGGGAUUGGUACAGCUCUACUCUUUGGCAUCUUCUGCAUUUUCAUGGCAAAAAAAUACAAAAACCGCAUUGCAGAGCUUCAAAAUCAAGAAGGAACCAUGUGGAACAGGCUUUCCAGAUUAUCUCGCAGGUGA